AUGCAAUUUUCCUCCCUCAAAAACUACGUGUUCUCUUUAGUUCACAAACUGCAACGCAUGUUCAGGACGUCGUCCGAUUCUCAGGCAUACCUGUACCCCGAACUCUACUUUGGGAGCCAUCUGGCACCCAAAAGAGGAGAUGACGGCGUUGCGCGUGGUGAGGGCAUCUCUUAUGAAGAAACUACAUUUGGCGACGUCAGAAAGUGGAUCCCUCCUGCUGGAACUCAGAGACCCCAAUGGAUGACUACAUUACCUCUAUUUCGAACGACUCGCAGGAGACACAGACGAUUCCACAAGUCCGAGGUGCCAGAGCAAAUUCAAUCUGACGCUGAGUUACCGCCUUCGAGUACAACAAGUUUGCAUCAUCCGAGUUCGCCUCAAAAUUCCCACAGACAACUAUCGAGCAACACCUCCUCAAGCUCGCCCCAUUUGUCUUCAUGUCAUUAUUUAUUAAAGGAAGGGGAUGCUCUUGAUACUGUUACAUGCGCCAGAAACGGUCCGCGCCGCAGCGAAGUAUGCAUGCGCUCACUUGAUUUCAAAAGCGAAGCAACUGGUGACUCAACAAAUGUGACCCAAGAGCAACCAUCCGUGUACCAAAUCGCGGUGCUCGCAAACACCUUGCACGGACUGCAAUCGCAAUACCAUUUAUGGGACGCCAAUCGCUACCAUUUCUCGGGCAUGCUUUACACCAUUCUCAAGGAGCUUUAUCAUCCGCGUGAAACUGUUAUGCGGGUCCGUGAUGGAAUCUGGAAGCGCACUGGCAUACCCUUGUUCUCUCCGCCACCUAUCGAAACCAUAUUGUCCAUCAUUGAUGAUUACCGUGUUGAUCUCGAAAACUUCGAGGCCGAGGUUCAAGAAAGACACAACAAGAAGCAAGUUGAGGCCGAGGUGAGGGCUGAACAAGCAGAAGCGAGAGUUAAAGCGCUAGAAGAAGAGUUGAAGGCGUACAAGAACGCACAGAAGUAG